AGAUAACGACAUUUUCACAUUCACACACGUGACAAGCGUUCACUUUAUAAUUCCAAAAGAAAUCCAGGGUUAACAAGAAGACAAGAGACAAAAAAUAUGAUUAUGAAAGAUUAACCCCUCGUUCACAGGUCACAUUAGGCUUCUAAAUGCAGGUCACAUGUCUGCACCACAAAAGAAUGUGAUGAGGAGGGGGAAUGGAACAAAACGACUUCUCAACACUCUGCAUUGUUCUCAUCUGGAGCUUUAAAGCAAAAUAAUAAGACUUUGUUGGAGGCAAAUCAGAGGCAUCUGGUGACAGAUACAUAGUUUCAGGUUCAGUCAGUGUUUGUUAUAGAUGACACAUAACAUAUUAACAUUAAAAAAUAAACGAGACACAAUUGAUAUUGACAGACGCUGUAAAAAUAUAAAAGAAUAAAUGUGCUACUUGUGUAAUAAUGGUAUUUACUACUUGCGUGGAAUGCGCCUUUAAGAACAGACCCGGGCAGAGGAAGCGCAAUUCAAACAUUUGGCCCCGCCCCGCAGCUCUGUCAGCGGACAAACAGAAAGCAAACAGCGGCCGAACCAACAUGGGGCAGUCGCUGGAAACUCCGACCAGAUGUCCGCUGUGCAGCGAGCUCACCCUGGAGCCCGUCACUCUCAAGUGCAACCACCGGUUCUGUCGACGCUGCAUCGGUGACUUGUGGAGCGUUCACCCGAACGGCCCGUACCACUGCCCCGAGUGGAGGUGUAAAACGGUGUACCAGACCCCGCCGUUUGACGACAGCUCCAUCCGGCCGCCCGCCUCCGGUGGUCGGAACCAGGCGUCCAGCUCCGCAGCCACAUCCACAAACAGCGAACAAACGUUCCUGGACUCGCUAUUAAGGAGGCCUUCGCUCACCCGUCACCUCCUCGGGAAGCGAAAGGCGAGCGCACCUGCGCCGGAGCAGCCUGACAGAAAGCGGUCGACUGUGGCUUCCCCCCAGGCGCCGUCUGAUCACACCGACACUCCCGCUCCGUCAGCUGCUUCGGAGUCAUCGGAGAAAGCCGCGGAUGCUGAACCUAGACAACCUGAGGACGGUCAUGGCAAAUCUACCAGCAAGGCAGCGUCUGCAAGAGACACGCAGCAAGAGCUCUCAGUCCAGCAGAACAAGCCUAAAUCAGAGGACGUCAUCACAUUGGGUGACUCUGACAGCUCCAGCGAGGUGGAUAUAUGUGAUGCACCGCCUCCUGCAACCCCAGGGAAAGACACACAAGCGAUUGGAAUGAAAUCUGUCUCACCUGCCAACUCUAAUUCCUUUCCUGGCGUCUCAACUCCAGGGACAGAUGAACCUCUCUCACGUGAUUUCAGCAGGACACCUCUGAUAUUCCCCAAGCAUCCUACUGCUCCCUCAGGUUCCUCAAGUCACCUUGGCGUCUUCUCCAGAUCAGGCAGCAAAAACGCCUGCUCUGUGCCUUGUCAUUAUUGCCCUAAAUCUCGGUGUCAACAUGCGGUGAAGAGUUGUCUGGUUUGCGGCGCUUCCAUGUGUGCAGAGCACCUGCGUCCCCAUUUGGACUCCCCAGUCUUUCAGAAUCACACCCUUGUUCCUCCCAUGGAGGACAUUUCUCUGUGGAGGUGUCAAGAGCACCAGGAGAUCAACCGGAUCUACUGUCGUCAGUGUGGCGUGUGUGUGUGCACGGUGUGCACCGUCAUCGGCUCCCAUCGUGACCAUGUCUGCAUCAGUGUUAGGGAUGCAGAGAGGGAGCUCAGGGGGAACCUGAAAGAAGAGAUCAAGCAACUGCAGGACACAGAACAGCAAGUGAAGAAUAGACUGAAUGAACUCACAGAGAAGAAGGAGACAUUCACGGUGGUUUUAACGGAGGCUCAGAAGGGUGUGCAGCAGCAGUACGGAGCUAUCAGGGAGGCCCUGGAGAAGGAGGAGCAAAGUGCACUUCAGUGCGUGAAGAAGGAGGAGACGCGUGUUCUGGGGGCACUAGAGGAGAAACUCGGCCAUCUCCGCAGCGCCCUUCAGUCUGUCCAGCAAGGCCUUCACACCUUAGAGGAGCUGGCCGAUACCAAGGGAGACAAAUGCGUUCAGGACCAGGCUUUCAUCAUGGAGUACAGUAAGAUUGCCCAGUUAACUAGUAACAUGGAGGGCUGUGUGGACCGGUUUGAGGCUCCAGAGGAGGUGGACCAGGCCCGGCUGAAGUGUUUGCAAAGCUGGACUGAGAAACGUCUGGACACGGUCGUCACCGUGGCCGACCAAGACAGAGACCUCUACAGGCUGCAGUAUGGAACCAUCCCCCUCAUGGAUGCAGACACUGCCCACCCCAAGCUGCAGCUGUCUGAUAACAACAGGAAGGUUGCAUACGUCGAGGCCCAGCAGGCCUACGCCGAGCACGGGGCCCGCUUCAGCUGCUUCCCACAGGUCCUGGCUGCACGCGCCCUGCAGGGGGGCCGCUGGUACUGGGAGGUGAACGUGUCCAUGGACGACGGCCGCUGGAAGGUGGGGCUGUGUGAGGGUCAGAUAGCGAGGAAGGGCCAAAAAGACAACUCUCGUCUGGGAUUUAACAGUUACUCCUGGUGCCUGGCCUGCGACAGGAAGAAGGUGGAGGCUCUGCACAACAAGGUGUGUGUUCCUGUGGACGCGGACGGGCUGCAGCGGGUCGGCGUGUUCCUGGACUUUGAAGAGGGGCUCUUGUCGUUCUUUAGUGUGACACCAGGGGGCAGUCUGGCUUUAAUGCAUACUUACAAGCACAGGUUUACUGAGCCACUGUACCCAGCACUGUCUGUGUCUAAAACACAGCUGGUCGUCUGUGAUCUCUUCCAGUCGUGAACACUGAAUUUUAUGUUUUCUUAAAGCGGACAAGCUCAGUGCCUUUUAUUUACAUACAAUACAUGAUAAUGUAUAAUACAAUAUAAUGUAGUUCUCUGGUAAAGUAGUUCUGUCAUAAUCUACACACUGUAAACUUUAGGAAGCAAGAAACCUUUUUAAAUGUGAUCACUCACAACUGGAGUCAAAUCACUUUGACAAAUUUUAAUAUAAGAAUUUUAAUUAUAAAUUUUUGUAAUUGCAACAAAACAACUGGGAAAUUUUAGCAUUUAAGCAUUUCUGUGAAUGUUUGUUUGAAACUGUCUUUUUCUAAUUGCAGAAAUAAAAAGUCAGCAUUUCUUAAGCAAAGAAAAA